GCUAGGGCAGAGGAGCGCUGUGUUCGUAUCUACCAAGAAAAGACAGUCGUGGGCCGCUUUAAUCUUGGAACAACACGGAUCUGGUCGAGUCAGAUCACUGCUCUGAGACUGGUGUAAGAUCUGUACAUUACAGAGACACAUUUUGCUCAGCCGGUCGCUAGGAGACACGAUUAUGGCGUGUCAACGAGACAUCUUAUACCUCGCUGUUGCAGUCUUGUUCAUCAUCGCAGUCUCUCAAGCGGCUGACGUCCCGAAAUCGGCGUUUGGUGAAGCAUUCGACGAAAUUGUAGUGCAGUCCACUUUAACAGUCAGAGGUAAAGGAGGAUCGUCUCGACAGAGCAGGAACAAAAAUAUCACAUUAAACAGCACAUCUUCAAGUACUCCUACUCCUGCAACAGAUGGCAGCACGGUCGUUGAGCCUAAACGCUCGAAGCGGGAGAGUUCUGAACUAUAUGCACCAAGGGUCUCGAAUACGAACUUAGCUCGUCCUUCAGGUCGGGUAUUUCAGGUUACAGACCUGUUUGGUAGAAACUUAGCAUCUCCAGGAGGGUUACUAGAAGACAACAGACCUUGAAGAGGCCCUGAGUUACCUCAUCACAUCCAGAUCGACGUGCAAGUUGUAUAUUACGGUAAUGUAUGAUACAAUGAUUCAUGUACUUUCUGCCAAACAUCAACACAGAUAUGACGCGUAUCGUGGUCACUUGGUCAACUGAACAUUAUAGAUGUUCGAUCGAUCCUUACAUACAACUCGAAAGUUCGUGAAGUUAAAAUAAAUCUGAAUAGUAUUUCUGUUUUAUAGGCGAUAAGAAAAUGUCUGGGGAUUAAGAAGGAAUCGAGGAAUGAUGAAAAGAGUAUGAAGUUCUGCGGUCAGGACUACCAACUUAACAGAUGUAUGAAAAAUCAAUAUUAGUGCCAAGAACGGAAUUAUCGACAGUUUAAAGAUCGAAAACUCUUGCAUUCUGAUUAAGCACUGUCGGAGGGACUUACAUAUUAGGAGUUAUAUUGCAGACAAUUUCUGUUUUAGAAAAUUUAACACCAUUAGAGUCGUCAUGUAGGUUUGGUAUCAGGACGUAUAAACCUACAGAACAUUAAACCCAGUUAUUAUCCUAAACAUUUAUUCAAUUAUAACAAAAUCAUCACUUAGUAGUUUAGAAGAAGUAUCGGAUUUGUGUGAUUUUCUGUCGCAGAAUACUGAUUACAAAACACAAUGAUUAUCAGUGGGCAGAGUUUUAAUACAAAAUUAAGAAUGUGUUGAUAACGGGGACUCCAUACGCAUUCGAAAUAAUAAAAUUCAAUAAGAUAACAAACCUACUUUCUUUUAAAAUGACAGUCUUGUGGGUUGUUAUGCCAUGUAAUCUGAUAAAGUUUACCAACGUUUCAGAGGAGUCAGCGCCCAGUAGAUAGAAGCAGCAAGGCCCUCUGAAACACUGGUAAACUUCUACUAGACUACACGGCGCUACAACCCAGAAUACAGCCAUCUCCAGAUUCACCGCCUUGAAAACCUUAAUAAUUACAUCAUUUCUUUUACUAUUUAUGUAAACAAUGGCCAUUUGUGUACCCCAUCUACCUGUAACUUCAAACACAUUGCUCUAUCGUUUGUUUUUAAUUUUAACAGAAAAAAUUUCACAUUCGCGAAAAAGAACUGUUAAGAAACUUGCUUAAAAUUUUGAACCUGGUUGUACGGACAUGCGGACAAACAGUCUGCUGCAACACGAUUCCUACCAUCAUUUUACGUGCAUUGCCAGACACAGAUAUGUCGGCUUAUGCGUCUCAAGUACAAUCCUGUGGCGUUUCUAGGUAUCCGCGUAACGAGUGACGAUUUGCUUCUCCACACGUAAGGGAGAGAGAAAAAUUAACAUACGGUCACGUAUAGGCCAAUAGACGUUUGGGUGGCAGACAGGCAGGAACUUGUACGUGGCUGGCACUGAGACUCGUUUUCUGUUAGUUACACGAAUCCAGUUCUUCUUCAGUCAAUCAGACAUCACGGUGAAACGGUUUGCAAACCUCACAGAGACCGGCUACCAAAAAUAUUAUUAUCGUGGUUUCCGUCAGUUUAAGCACGAAACUAAACGAUUACUUUUUAAAAAAACAGAGCACGACGCAUGCUUUCAAACCGCUGAAAUGUGUCCAACGAGAAAUGAAAUCUAGUAGGUCUAAUCAUGGUGUACACUGCCGCCAUAUUGGUUUUAAUGGUGGUGGGAAAUGUAAAGGGUAAACACGAGUUAGCAUCCUAUGGCAUGGCGUAUGCUUCAGUUUUCAUGAAAAUACAUAACUUUAUUCAAAAGUUAUUAGAGUUAACAUGCAAACAUGAUGUUGCUGCAAGCGUAUCUCUCCUUACCUAACAAGGAAAGAAUACAACCCGGUAAUUCGUACAGGAAAUGGGUUCAUGAUAAAGACUUCGCGAUAUACCUUUUUAUUUGAGACGUUUAUCUGUUGGCGUAUUACAUGGACUAGCCCUAUAUUUUAUACUUACAAUAAAAAUACAAGUGUUUAUGCGUCUAGGCCUAUGCAACUUAAUGUUUCUUGUUCUGAUUAAAUUUCCCAGCAACAUAAUUUUUGCCUAUAAGAAUAUCGAUUGCAGAUUAUGUCUACCAAAAAAUCUCUCCACAAGAAUGACGUGACAGUACCUUGAAACAGGCGACGAUAACCUCCCUUUUAAUCAAUGACACAUUCAUCUCAUGUGACGCUCCAUUCCAAAUCUAGUUAGAACAGCGUCAUUAAAACCCAAAGAGUCAAUCUUGAUUAUCUUCGUGCAUUUAACGCCUUCUGAACUGCACUCACUAUUUCGCGCCGAAUUGGAGACAGACUGGAAUGUAGAAAAUAAGUCA